GACGCCUUCCAGAAGUGCAUCACCCAGAGGCUGUCCCUGCUGCUGUCCCGGGGGAUGGUGAGGCUCGUGGUCAUCGACUCCAUCGCCGCCUUGUUCCGCUGCGACUUCGGCGCGGCAGAGUCUGCUGACAGGGCUCGGUAUUUGCAGACCUUUGGGGCACAGCUGCACAGCUUGAGCACCAGAUUCAGGACUCCAAUCAUGUGCAUUAAUCAGGUGACGGAUGCAGUGAGCGAGUUGGAAGCUGCUCCAUGCAGUUGUAGGGCAGUGGGUAGCAGAGUCAUUCCAGCCCUUGGGAUAACCUGGGCAAAUCAGCUGCUGAUGAGACUGAUGGUCAGCCGGAUCUCCCUGCCUGGGCACUCACCUGGAGUGGUGUCACCCUGCACUGCAACUGUGAGGACGUUGAGGGUGGUUUUUGCUCCUCACCUCCCUCCAUCCUUUUGCUACUACACAGUACAAUUGGAAGGUGUAAAAGGAGUGAAAUGA